GUGAAAUAAUAAUGUGACACCGCCUGUAUUAUGUACACCUAGUGUUAUUUCUGUACGACUUGGAAGCUGAUAUUUGAGACAGUCUGCGCGUCGUUGUAAGCUCAGAGUGAAUUAAAUGCGUGUUUAUGUUAUUAGACUGUAUUGAAUGUCAUGUGUUGGAAGUGUUUCAUUUAAAUGUGCCCGUUAAAUGUCCCUCGUUAGCUAGCGUCGUUGUUAGUUAGUUAGUCUGCCCCUGGACCUUGCCAAGUCAUUCAUUAUCAGAGUAGCUAGCAUCAAGCUAGCUCAUGAUAGCUGUUUCUAGCAGGUUCCCUCCCACCCAUUCAGUUACGUUUGUCAGAAGUUCCCACCGUAGAGAAGGCUAGUUUAUUUGGCUAACCAAAUGAAUACAUGUUUACCAGACACACGUCUUUGCAGCAUUUUCAUUGACAGCUUCUGGCUAGAAAAGUUAGCUAACUACCACUGGAAAGGUGUGCUGCAGACAGGUAGAUGACAUGCAGGGUGAGUCAUGGACCAGAUCACCUUCCAUUAUGACACGGUGCUGUCUGACGUUCACCUGUUGCUGCCCAACUCUCGCCACCUCAUGGCACGCCUCAACCGCGUAGGACAACCAGUCUUCAUCUCCCGGUUCAGAAUCCUGUGGGACGGAACGAAGCAGCGCACCUGUGACCUCGGUUCCCCCUGCGGAGGGGAAGAGUUAGACCGCGACACCCAGGAGGAGAGUGGAAGGGGAGAUGCUAGAGGGAGUGAGACUGGGGCUGACGGAGGAGUGGACAGGGAUGAGGACGGAGGAGUGGACAGGGAUGAGGACGGAGGGGCUGACGGAGGAGUGGACAGGGAUGAGGACCGAGGGGCUGACGGAGGAGUGGACAGGGAUGAGGACAGAGGGGCUAACAGGGAUGAGGACGGAGGGGUAGAACCACCCCUGGAUGAAGAUGGAGAUUUAGAGGUACCACGCAGGCCCAGACAAAGACUCCCUGAGAGGGACAGAGACAUGGUCUACCCCAUCAUCCUCAGCCAGGCAAGAAGAGAUGAAGAGGAGGAGGAUGAGGAGGAGGAGUGUCCUAGAGACGUCAUCAGGAUAGAACACACUAUGGCCACGCCUUUAGAAGAUGUUGGCAAACAGGUCUGGCGUGGCGCCUUCCUAUUGGCUGAUUUAAUCCUGUCUCAGCCAACUACAUUCAGAGGAGCCACCGUCUUGGAGUUGGGGGCAGGGACUGGGCUGACCAGCGUAGUCAUGGCAACGGUGGCCAAAACAGUGUACUGCACAGACGUUGGGGAGGACCUACUGAGCAUGUGCCAGAAGAACGUGACGUUGAACAGACACCUGAUGGAACCUGCAGGUGGGGAGGUGCGAGUACGUCUACUGGACUGGCUCAGACACGAUCUCUGCACAGAUGCUGAUGCAGAGUUUGGAUGGACAGAGGAUGAAGUGGCAGAUCUCCAUGACAACACAACAAUUAUCAUCGCGGCUGACGUGUGCUACGAUGACGACCUAACAGAUGCGCUGUUCCGAACUCUGUACAGAAUCUGUAACAACCUCCGUCUCCCCUGUACUACAUACUUGUCUAUAGAGAAGAGGCUGAACUUCACUCUGAGACACAUGGACAUAUCCUGUGAGGCCUACGACCAUUUCCGCCACUGUCUGUGUGAGAUGCAGGAGCUGAGGGACGGACGGACAUGCUUCACAGUGGAGCAGGUCACACCCUCUUUCCCACAGUGUCUGCUGUAUGAGCGCAUAGAGCAACUGGAGUUGUGGAAAGUGACAGCGGUGCCUGUCUAACCCUCUGAGGAGCUGACCUGCUCCUAGACCUGCUCCUAGACCUGCUCCUUAGACCUGCUCCUUAGACCUGCUCCUUAGACCUGCUCCUUAGACCUGCUCCUUGACCUGCUCCUUGACCUGCUCCUAGACCUGCUCCUUUGACCUGCUCCUAGACCUGCUCCUAGACCUGCUCCUAGACCUGCUCCUAGACCUGCUCCUAGACCUGCUCCUUGACCUGCUCCUUGACCUGCUCCUAGACCUGCUCCUUGACCUGCUCCUAGACCUGCUCCUAGACCUGCUCCUGGUGUUUUCGGAGCCUCUUGUGGUCAGUGUUGAGAAGGUAUUGAUAAAACAUAUAGAUUAUUUAGUGAACUUGUAGCAGUCAUUUCAAUCAGGGCAGCUGGACAGCACUGAACAAAGACACUAGGAAUGAUCUCUGUAAAUGAACUCACUUGUUAAAUAAGAUGUUUUUAAGCUCAGAUCAGGGGUUGUGAUAUAUAUAUAUAUAUAUAUAUAUUCACUAUAUUCUCAUUUACUUGCUGUUAGAUUGAUGUGAACCGGUGAAAUGGGACAGCCCCAUAGCCUCUGAAUGUUUUGUUCCGAUGUAAAUGAUGAGUGAUCAGGUAAAACACUGACCUGGGAUGCAUCCCAAAUGGUAUCCUAUCCUCAAUAUAGUGCACUACUUUAGACCAGAGCCCUAUGGACCCUGGUCUAGAGCCCUGUGGACCCUGGUCUAGAGCCCUAUAUACCCUGGUCUAGAGCCCUAUGGACCCUGGUCUAGAGCCCUAUGGACCCUGGUCUAGAGCCCUAUGGACCCUGGACCAGAGCCCUAUGGACCCUGGUCUAGAG